UGCGACGUUAUUUAGUACACAUGCCGUUUAUUGAUCAGAGAAAGUACCCCCGGUGUGAGAAAUCAAUAAACGCGGAACGCGGUACACAGUGAACCCGACUCGGAAUCUUUGUACACGUGUUCUCGGUUAAAGGGAAGUAGAGUUUUCGACCCCAUUGUAAACUUAUUAACUUAACAAAUUGUGAAUGAAGACCAUUUACUCCAAAACGAAUCAACCGGUUCAGAAAAAAAACGACCAACGAUUCAAACUUUCUCAAUCUCCACAUUCGGCAACGGUGAAUCAAAUAAUCGAAACAAAACCUGGCGCGCCAACAAAACAACAGCAAAGAAAUAAUAUAAAGUACAGAGAUGUCCGAGGCGAGACCAACGGCGACCUGGAGCGUUCCUCUCAGCGAUGGAAUCCACGUGGUAGAAUUCGAACAUGGAACGGCGACGGGACGUCGCGUUGUCAGAAUUGACGGGAGGACCGUAAUUCACAGGGAUUGGAUGUUUCGCCUCGUUGGGGACGAGGUAGUCAUGCUGGGCAACACGAAGUUUAUUAUCUGCGUCGAUCCCCUCCCCGGACUCAGGUACUCGUACACGCUGUUGGUCAACGAUAAGACCUACGCGAACUUCAUUCAGUCCCAGUCAAAGAUUCUGCAAACUUGGGCCGCGCAAGUUGGCGACAAACAUUACCGGGUUGUUUUGGACAAAACCAAACAGAACGUGUGGAUCAAUGGGGAGCAAGUCGACGUUGAGAAUGAAUUCGUGGAUGGCGGAGCUGAAAUGUUGUUCUCGAUCGGCGGUUCCCCGGCGGUCAUAAGGUCCUCCAGUUCGGGACACAGAUCCACCGGAAUGAGUCACACUCUGUUCUUGAACGGAGUCGAAGUAACUGAACAAGAACUGAUAGCGCAUGUGGAGACGAAAAAGAGAGGGGCGAAAUGAAAAGAAAAAGCUCCUCGUUCGAAUCGAUUAUUUUAACGUUAUCGCCGUUAUUUAUCUUGAAAAAUAUUUUUACACCUGUGACAGUUGAUUUGCACCAUUAAAUUGUGACUCGAAGUCGAUCUUCGAAUUAACUUGUGAAAA